CCAGGGCCCAAGAAAACGAACAAAAGUGCACGGGCUUCCUCUUUCCUGCCAGGAGAGGCACCCACGACGGCGACGCAUUGGAUUGGCUUGGGACAGAACGAGCGACGGCGAGGAGACGGCGAUAAGAUUUGCUACACCUCGGACUGUAGCUGGGAGACUGCACGAACGGCGGCGUCCACGAGUCACGAGGAGCCCAGAGGCUUCUUCACAGCAGCAGCGGCAGGUCCGCUGAUGCCAGACUCCCCCCAGCUCCACCAACCGCCUCCCCCUCCCGCGCCGCCGCCGGCCAGCGCAACACCAGCCGCGCCAGCGGCAGCAAAUGCGCAACCCAAGCUGGUACUCCGCUGCCGCCCACCAUUGCUUCUUCUAUUCUCCUUUUCCGCGGGGGAAAAAAAAGUCGGAUCUUUGAUGAGGCUUUUGCUGCUGCUUGCAUUGUUCCUUUUGUCCAGACUGCCGUGAAGCUGAGGAUGAUCAUCAAGGGCGUGCUCGGGCGGUACCAGCGCUGGAACCCCGUGCACCCGACGGCCGGCACCUUCUGGGGUGUGGGGCUCGGCGUCGGCUGUGGCGUCGGCUGGGGCCCCGGCUUCGGGCCUGAGGUGAUUGGGUACGUAGGCGCCGGGUGCGGCGUGGGGUUCAGCGUUGGGUUCACGCUCGCCGGCGUCGGCAUCGGCCUGCCGCAGCACAGCCUCAUCAGGAACCACGACCACGGUGGUUUUGCGAGCAGCGUCCCUGUUGAUUCAGCGAGAUUCUACGCCCUAACCAUCAUCAGAGGUCUGGUAUGGGACGCCAUCAGCUACGUGGGCAAUGCAGCGGCUAUGAGGAAAGAAUCUCGACAGAAGCUUCCGAGGUUCCAGGACAGCCCUCAGGUUCCAGGAGGAGUUGAUCUGCCGAAGCUGGGGAAGGGCGUGUCGAGUAGCAUCCGGUCCACGGUAGAAUGCAUCAGGGCCUUCAAAGAUCAGCGUUGGCCUCCUUAAAAGACUCGUUGGAAAUCAAAGCUGGUUUCAAGUUGAAUGGUACCGCCAUGGGAACUUAAACAUGGUGAUAUACAAGUUUUUGUUUUUUGUUUUGUUUUGUUUUGAUAUGGAAGGGGAAAUUAGUUGUUCUAGCUGGAAAUGUUAGUCUGCAUUCUAGAUAUUAUUUUUGUUAUGUGGAUGCAUCUGUAAAUAUGACUGCUGCUCUUUUGCUCCCUCCUUAUUCAAGCACUGUGAAACAGGGAUUGUAGCACGAAAUAGAAUAGAAUUCCCCUCUU